GACUUGAGCACAGAAAGAGAAAAUAUACCAAAUGUUAGUGAAUGGAAAAAAAUCCAAAAAUAUCUUUAAACAACUGCCACUCAACACUAUGAGCUUGUUGCAUUAAUCUGUGGGCCAUGAUGUAUCUGUAAAUGAGGAAAGGCAAAGGCUAAAUUAAUAGUGGUGGCACAGAAAGAGUGUGAGUUGUGUUACUGAGAGGAUAAAACUUAAAUGAGAGGUUUAUGGGCAGCAGUUUUUUUUCUCUAAAUAUUUAUCAGAAAAUAAAUACUAAAUCCUUUUCGAACAACUUCACUAAAUACUCGUAGAAUUUGUGGGUGCGUUGUAGUAGUCUUGCCCACCUGUCACUUUAUACGACAUCUCUCUGUAGUGUGUCAGGUCUUCUCCUUUAACCAGCACAAGCUGAGGACAUUUCUCCUUAGCGUCAGUCACAGACAUCAGUUUGGUGAGACCCUGCUCUCUUGCCACGUAGUUGCAGGUGACUAUGAUGUAUUUCUGCUGGAUACCUGACAAUGUGAGGAACAUCACUGCACCAUCAGAGCAUUCGGGGGCUUAAACAGAAACAUUUUCUGAAAGUCAACUCUUAUUCCAUUCAGUCAGUUUACCUAAAGGCACUUCUCUCAGCGCUGGGUUUCUGAUCAUCUCCACCUGAGCGUAGAAGCAGUCCAGGUCAAAAUGCAGAAUGACUCUGUGUGCAGAGGUUGGACCUGAUGUCUUAUACAGGCUCGGACCUGAGACACAGUUAAUUAGGAACUUUAUUGUCAUCACAUUUCAAAAGACUAUCUUUGGCCACAACCACAAAAAAAAAAAAAUCAGUAAAACACAGUGUAGUUGACAAUACAGGACUCUGUCACUGUUACUGUUACUCUAUACCACAUAAAAUAGUGGAAAAUAAAAUACUUUUUCUGAAAAUCAUUUAACUUUUGACAGAUAUGAUCUCUGCGUGCUUUUCUAAACUACUGCAACGCGUGUAGUCAGCCACACGUUGCAUCUACAGAAGUUAGAUGAUAUUAAUGUUGUUAGACAAACCCUGGAAAUGCAUACGAAUUUGGUGGGAAGUUGGAACAUCAGCAAAUGAAGACUUUUUUUCCCCACAUUUGUCUAGAAAACGUCCAGAUUAAAAAAUUAAUAAUAAUAGUCCCCUACAAAUUUGACACUCUAGUGGUAAGUAUUUUAUUUUUCAAUACACUCUUGAAAAAAGAGUGAAUUUUUGCAAUAGACUGAUAUUAAAGUUACACCUGGGUAAAAAUACGAGGAAGCAGCAGAAGCAACCAGGCGCAAAUAUAAAGUAAGACGAUAAAUAAAUAUUAUCUGACACGUAUAGAUAGCUAAUAAGCAGAGUAACGUUUCUCUCUGCAUGUAAAAACCCCAACACAUUUUCUUAAAGAUCUGUCUGGUGUCAGUCUCUCAUCCUUUACCAGAAGCAGCAGCGGGACUGAGAGGUGCAGAGUCCACGAAACUGCUCCUCCACUCGGUUUCAUCCUCCUCCAUCUCGGCCUCACUGUUGCCCAUGUCAAACAACGCACAUGUGAUGUGUUGUUGUUGUUUUAAAUAAGACGGAAAACGCGGCUGUUGUUGUUGUUUGCAGGGGGAGAAACUGGUACCAAACAGUGAAAGUACUGCUUCUCUGCAUGUCACACUUCAGUUUUGUAUUACAGCGCCAUCUGAUGGCUCGGAGGAGUUACUGCUACACAAUGCACCGCAAUAAACCACACUACAUAUCAGAAAUAAACUUAUUAACAUCAUGCUGUAUCGAAGACUUGUGAUUGAGACCAUAAAUUCCCCAAGGAACAUGUUUACUGACGUUAUAAAUUAAGAGAGAAGUAGAGUCAUUUUUUUUUCAUAGACUUCAAUAGAAAAACAGACUUAUUUUUUCCAACCAGUGGAGUCGCCAUCUGCUGGUCAUUCUAGAGAAUACAGGAUUUAGGCACUUCCGCAUUUGGCUUCACUUUCCGACACGCAAUAAAUCAAUGAACCAAUGAAACGAACUUUAUAAUAAUGUCAAUAAAAAAUGACGAUGUACAACACAAAAUAAAUUAUACUAAGGUGAAUAAAUAUAGUCAGAUAAAUAAUAAUAUUGACCAAUAAAAAAUAUAUAUAUAUAUUGAAAAAACCAAUAGCCUAUAUAAGUGAAGCUGACCUCGGCCGCAGUUGGAUCCACCACCUGUCGACGGUUAGCAGGCAAUUGAACGAGCGAAACGUGAGUGUGCAACGUGUCGUGAAAAAGUGGCGUCUUUUGCCAGAUGUUUCCCUCGUCUGGUCUUUUCGCGGAUAUAAAGUGUCCCUUGUCGAGACGUGGGCUCUGUGAGCGGCCUCACUGUUCGUACAGACAUGCCGCGGAGGUGACGGAGAUCCCCGGAUCGCCAUUGGUCGAGUCAACAGGAGUCCACAUCUGCAACCCGCCGUCUGUCUGUGGUGCACCAGUGAGCGAUGAGGCCAGAGAUGACGGCCUCCAGGAGCUGGAGCGGAUCAACAAGGAGAUCGAAACUGUGAGGCACGAGGUGGAGCAGGAGCAAAGGCGACUCUCACGGUACCAGAUCACACAGGCCCACGACGGCAGAAACGCUGUACCUGAUUUCUCUGUGUCCAAGUCUGCAGGUCAACGCGUAGACAGAGGUUCUUCACGCGCAGACUUCACCAAGACGUACUCCCGGACAAGGAAGUACGUGGUUGACAACUCGAAACCAAGGACCGACUUGGAGUACGAUCCCCUGUCUAACUUUUCUGCUGACUUGCGGUCUUACAGCUCAUCGGCCAAGGAGCAGAAAGUGAAAAAUGGUCAAGGUUCGAAAGGCGAGAGAGACGCUGUGCCUUGUGGCCUGAAGAGACCAGUCGCUCAGGUUCAGCUUUCUCAAACGCCGUCAUCUCCAGAACCGCUCGAUGACUCCAGCGAAGACAGGGUCUUGAUUAUUGACAUUCCUCCCUUGCCUGACAAAAAACGAAGUCGAACUCAGAAACCCGAUUGUGUUGCAGGCAAAACCCAGGUUGCACUAGAACAAUCGGAGCUCGUCAACACGGUGCCUGUUGCACUUGAUUCUCCACUGCUGUGCCCUGCAAAUUCUCCAUGCGCACUCAGAGUGGAAGCGAAUAGCAUUUCUAAUCAUUGUGGUGUUGAAAACAAUCAUCUGUCUUCUCUGUGGGAGAACACAGGAUGUGAAAAUAUACCAGUUGAUGGGGGUGCAAUAGACUCAACAGAAUGUUUAGAAGGUCUGGGAAGUAAAAGUUGUAAAAUUCCUUGUCAGACUGCUGAAAUGGAAGUGAAAAGCCCUGAACCUGCAAGUCUUCCUGCCUCUUCAGACCAAAACUAUCAGAGUCGGGACAAUUUGGGAGUGAAAGAGGAAGAAAAAGUGUCUCAGGUCAAGCUGCCUCGGAGCGAGUUGUCCUGUAGUGUUGAGAACAUGAAUCCACUGCAGCCACGUAACUGUCCGUCCAAAAAUUCACUUUUUUAUAAAACUCCGGCAGCAAACUCGGGUUCACCGUGCAGACAAGCCCAGAAAACGGAGAAUCAUAACCCCUGGUCUCCUAAGCAAAAUGUGCCAUCAUUGGUGUCGGGCAGUGAGAGCAAAAUACCAGGGCAGGUGCAGUAUGGCGCCAUCGCUAACCACACUUCACCCGUAAGGUACCAGGAGCAGGCGGGACCAGCUUCAGGCAGCAACCAGUUUAAAAGUCGGGACCCUUCACAGACAUUGGUCGACACGCAUUCGACGAACCAAGCAGAUUCAUCAGCCGAACCCGCUGAGCAGCUUUUGGCCGAGGCAGGUGACGAAGAGGUGAUCAUCAUCUCCAGUUCCGAGGAGGAAGAGCUCAACUAUUCAGACAUGGAGCUGUCAGAUAGUGACCCAAUGGAAGAAUGCUACAGGAUCUUCAUGGAGGCAAAUAAUGAGGAUAGGGGAAAUGAAGAAGAACAACCCCACGUGUCUGUUGGAGCUGUGGAUGUGGAGAAGCCAGAGUUGACCGUCACACCCCGAGGAUUACCCGGAAAAAAGAGGGUGGCACAUGAAGCCAAACAUAACGAGCAGCCAGUGGCGAAGUGCAGACCUCAACCCCAGGUUUUGGUCCCCCUGCGUGGGCCAGCGGCUCCAGGGUUUGGCUCCCAGUCCUCCAUCAUCACGUCAAAGAUCCAGCAGGUACAGCAGAGAGCCUCCAUGAUGACUGCUUCAGUAAAAGCCGGUCAGGCUUUUGUCUCCCUCGCCUGUCCGAGGAGGCCGGAGACCCAGGCUACUGCUUGUCCUCCCGCUCAGACCCUGGCAAACACACAACUGGCUCCUGUGCAAAAUGCGUAUGUGAACUACCUACCUUUGGGAACAACUGUGAUCGAAGUAGGCAACAACUUGCACUUCAUCCUCCCUGAGGGCACCUUCCCUCUGCCUGUUGCUACAAGCACCGGCCCAGUGUCUUCAGUGCUGACACCAGUCAGUCACGUGCAUAGAAGCACUAUGCAACAGACGUGCCUUAAAGCUGCAGUAACCCCUGUGCAAAGAUACCACACAACCGCACCUGUGCUCAUUCCCGCUCCAACACUUAAACCUUCACCAGCCUCUGCGUCAGCACACUCAGGCCCAGCUGCCUCCACUACCUCUCAACCUGCCGUCCAUGCUCCUGCUGUCAAGCCGCUGCCUACUAGACGUAAACUAAAGCAGCAGUUUGAGGCCUCGAAAGAAAAAGUUCCCCACGAUGUGCGACAGCGGUAUGUCAACAUGUUCACAGAGGAGUUCCUCAAGACGACAGCCAAUGUCAAUGACGCCUUUGAAAAAGCGGUCGCUGAAGAGAGGGCGGUGUAUAAUCGAAGUGCGAACAAGUUCAAAUAUCUGAGUGUUGCUGUGAAUUCACUGAAGAGGCUGAAGAACCAAAGUACUGCUUCAGCCAAAGAUGAAAAUAAAGUCAGCAGCCAAAGAUCAAAAGGCAACAUAUCACUCAACCUCGAGAGGUUUAAAGGAAACGAUGAUUUCGCAUUGUACGGAAGUUUAAAGGAUUAUAUUUUGACUGAGGAAAGGCUGAUUGAGAGCAACUAUCCUGUCCAGCACCCGGAGAAACCUCGUUCGGCUGCUCUUUUUGUAGACAAUAAGAAAGGCAACACAGAUCCUCUGAAGCGGAUGUGCUGUCGAUGUGGGGCCACGUACUCUGUGAGCCAAACAGGAAAACACAUCCGCAAGGAGGAGUGCAACUACCAUUAUGGAAAAGGAGUUAAGAAUAAAGUGCCCGGUGGUGUGGAGACUCGUUACAGUUGCUGUCAAGGAGUCAUGGGAACACCUGGAUGUCAGGUGUUUAAGUUACAUGUCCAUGAUUCCCUCAGCCUGGAUGGGUUUGUGUCUACCGUUCCCAGACUUCCCUCAGAUGCGAACUGUCCGGGGGUCUACUCUUUGGAUUGUGAAAUGUGUUACACUGUUCAUGGUCUGGAGCUGUCCAGAGUGACUGUGGUCAACUCCAGUCUGCAAGUCGUCUACGACACCUUCGUCAGACCUGAUAAUGAGGUCAUCGAUUACAACACAAGAUUUUCAAGCAUCAAUGAGGAAGACGUGAAGGGUAACAAGACGUCGGUCAGAGAGGUGCAGGAGACAUUACUGAGCUUCAUUAGUGCCGACACCGUUCUGAUUGGCCACUGCCUGGAGGCAGACCUCUGUGCCCUGAAGUUGCUCCAUGGGACAGUGGUGGACACGUCGGUGGUCUUCCCCCACCGCCUGGGCCCCCCUCACAAGCUCACCCUCAACAACCUCACUGCUGAAUACUUAACGAGGAUCAUUCAAGAGAGUGUUUGUGGCCACGACACUGCAGAGGAUGCUGCUGCCUGCAUGGAGCUUAUGUUGUGGAAGGUCAAAGAAGACGGAAAACUGAAAAAGUGACCGGAAUAAAACAAACAAAUCCCCUCACUGUUCAUACAUGAAAGAUAUAUGCAGUUAUGCAAAUCUGAAUGUGGGUGUGGGGCUGUCAUCAAAGUAUUUUGUUCUGGGCUGUUUAUUAUUAUGAUUUUAGUUAUAUCACUGAUUUAUGUUAAUACAGUAUUCUUAUGUUAAUUUUUUGAAUUGCAGCCCAUGUGUCCAUGUUUGUAUUAAUAUUUGAUCAUACUGUAGUGUGCUAUGAAAACCUGAAGCGGUGGGGUCAUUGGUAUUAACGUUAUCUAAGUAAAGGCACAGAAUAAAUCCCUGCGUGUU